GUUCUAUUUGGGAAGUUGGCAGCUCGAGGCAGAGGGGCUUUACUCUCGCGACUCUGGAAUUAUGAACAGCGCUGGUCUGACCAGCAUCUUGUUUUGAACAUUAUUCCCACUGAUCUGAGACCAUGGAGUUCGGAACCCGCAUUUUCAUCGCAUUCCUCGUUUCCCAGGUUGUAUGCACUGGAGCGCAGGAAGAGGAAGAGAAGACUGAAUGUGUACUGGGAUUUCAGGAGAAGGAGUACCUGGUGGAGUACAGUGGAGGGUUCGUCAAAGACGUUCCUCUGUUGAAAGUGGUUUUUGAUGACUGCGCUGGAAAUGAGGGUGUUGAGUUUGACGUAUCGAACCCUGACUUUCUAAUAGACGAGAACCUGAAUCUGGUUCCCAGAAGAGACGUGAUUGACAGCGGAGAUGUCAUGUUUGUCCAUGGUGUCAACGUUCAUGUUGAUGACAUGGCACAGGUGACCAUUAUGGGAGCACCAUCCAGAUCUCCUCAGACACUCAGGGAGAUCCUGGGUCUAUCAGACAUGAUGCCAUACCGAUCCAAAAGAUCCCUGCUGGUGCCCCCCAUGUUCGUCCCAGAGAACCAGCGAGCCCCCUUCCCCAGGUUAAUUGGAAAGGUGAUCUCAUCUGACAUGAAGGAAGACCACAUCUUCCGUCUGACGGGAAGGGGAGCAGAUCAAGACCCUAAGGCUGUAUUCAGCAUCAACCGACUGACGGGAGAGGUGGCAGUUAGCCGAGCCCUGGAUCGAGAGGCCAUUGCGUACUACCAUCUCCAGGUAUCCACCACUGACCUAAGUGGCAGAUUGGUAGAGGGACCAGUUGACCUGGACGUGUCUGUUAUUGACCAGAAUGACAACCGACCGGUCUUCAAGGAGCCGCGUUACUCUGGGGAGGUUCUGGAGGGCUCCCCAACAGGCACUACAGUGAUGACCAUGACGGCUUACGACGCAGACGAUCCCAACACGGACAAUGCUGUACUGCGCUACAUCAUCGUGAGACAGCUGCCCGAUAAACCUUCACCCAACAUGUUCUACAUCGACCCGGAGAGAGGCGACAUUGUCACUGUGAUAGCACCCCACCAGCUUGAUAGAGAGACUCUUCCAACCACACAGUACGAGCUAGAGAUUGUGGCGAAGGACAUGGCAGGAAGUGAGGUGGGACUAACAGGAACUGCAACAGCCACCAUCACCAUCACAGACAGGAACGACCACGCACCUGAGUUUACACACUCACUGUUCCAGGCAUCAGUGAAUGAGGGAUCAACUGGGGUGGUAGUGAACCUGACGGUGGACGACAGAGACGACCCAGCCACCGGAGCCUGGAGAGCCAUCUACUCCAUCAUCAAUGGAGAUCCAAACCAGAACUUUGAGAUACAGACCAACCUGGACAACAAUGAAGGGAUGCUGUCAGUGGUAAAGCCUCUGGACUAUGAAAGUUCAAUGUUUCACACACUGCUGAUAAAAGUGGAGAAUGAAGACCCUCUGGUUCCUGACGUUGUGUAUGGCCCCAGCUCUACAGCGACAGUUUACAUUACAGUUAUGGAUGUGAAUGAAGGACCGGUGUUCUUCCCAGAUCCUCUGGUUGUCAUCAAGAGAGAAAAUAUUCCCGUAGGGAGCUUUGUGGCCAUGCUGAACGCUACUGACCCGGACUACCUACAAACGCAGAGCAUAAGGUUCACUGUAUUGAGAGACCCGGCAGACUGGCUAAUCGUGAACCCCUUCAAAGGCAACGUCACCACCAGAGCCAUACUGGACCGCGAGUCUCCACACGUUCACAACAACCAGUACACCGCUCUCUUCAUGGCCACAGAUAACGGAAGUCCACCCGCCUCGGGCACGGGUACGCUGAUAAUCACUCUGGAGGAUGAGAACGACAACGCUCCCUACGUCUUCCCCUCCGUGGCCCGCGUGUGUGAGGACGCUAAAGACAUGAAUGUGGUGGUGAUCGGGGGACGAGACAAGGACAUUCAUCCUAAUACAGAUCCUUUCAAGAUCGAACUUGGCAAACAGCCAGGACUGGAGAAAACAUGGAAAAUCUCCAGGAUCAAUGACACUCACUCCCAGAUCAUGUUGCUGCACAGUCUGAAAAAGGCUAACUACAACCUGCCGCUGGUUCUGACCGAUUCUGGCGUGCCUCCAAUAUCCAACAACACAGAACUGAAAGUUCAAGUGUGCACCUGUAAGAAGAACAGAAUGGACUGCAGCCAUGCCGGCUCCAUCCAAACAAACCUCUUGCUAUUGCUCGGCCUGGUUCUGCUCUCCAUUCUCUGCUUGUAAAUUCCCCUGAUUCUUUCUGUAGUCCUUUUGCAACACUGAAGAAAACCUUCUUCUCUUCUCCACACGCAAACCAGGCCGAGAGAGAGAAGACCUCACCCCCAAAAGACACUUUGCACCCCUCAUUUUUGCUCUCCUCUUUUUCACCAUCGUCUCUCUCUCUCUAUCCCCAACCGGUGCACCUCCACCUUUUCACCAGGAACUCUCCUUCUGUAUUCUCCCUGCACUUCCUGUCUUCUCAUACCUCUGGAAUACAUCACGGAAGGCACCGCCUCAAUGCUCGAACUCUCUCUUUCACUGAACAAAGAAAUAUUGGAAGGGGGCAAAGCGAUUGGACAUUUCAAUGUACUUUAGUUUCCUCUGGUUAAAGACUACUGUAUUUGAUCUUGUUUACUAAUGUAAGGGAAGGACACAAGGCCUCUUUAGUCUGCAGUGGUUGUGUUUUCUUAGGGCAGGGUGGUAGCCAGAAGCCUUCAGAGUCUAAAAAAAAAAAGCAUCUCUUGCGUCUUUUUAUUUUUGUUUUUGGUUCAAUUGCAUUAGUUGUUAUGGAGUGGAACACAAUAUAUCUUUAUAGUAAUGUGUGAAAUGGUGGGGGGAAAUGUACACUAUAUAUAUUUUAUUUUUUACCAAUGUACAAAUAUAUUAAUUAACUUAUGUACUUUGAUCGCUUAUUCUUUAAUGACCCCUCACGAGAAAAAAAAAAAAAAACUGUAUGUUUUUGGAAAAUUUUAGGGACUAUUUCUAAUGCCAUUGAUGUUUUUUCCUCUUUUUUUUCCCUCUCAUGUACAAGCUCUUGUUUAGAGUGCGGUUCUUGAGUCUGGAGAGCGAUUUGCAGACAGAGAGCGAAUCUGUCUUGUGAUACUUGUUUCUGAUGGUAUGGCGUUUAUUAUAUUUUUCUCCCUCUCCCCUUGGGUCAAAGUCACAGAGGCCAAGGAAGGCUGUUGAUUCAGUGGUUCUUUUUUUUUUUUCUUCCCUUUUUUGCGCUUGUGAGAAGAAGACAACAAAAAAAGAAAGACAGGAAAAAGAUAACAGGCAAAAACAAAAUGAAAUGUGUGUGUGGGUUUGUGUGAAAGACCCCGUAAGUUCUGAAAAUGCAAAGUAAAAGAUGACGUGGUGAAUGAGUUUUGUCUGUCUUUUGCACUAAUUUAAUAAAGCUGUUACUGUACUUCCCACCACUUUAACUUUGCUUGUUUGUUUUAA